GGUUCUAACCUCACUCGUCACAUUGAGGUUAACCUCGCUUGGUGCAGUUGUCGCGUGAGUUUGUUGUGGUGCAGUUCAGAGCCCCAUAAAUAUGUUGAGAAGGCAGGCGCGUCUGCGGCGCGAGUAUAUCUACAAGAAAACAGUGGAGGGCCGGCAGAAGGCCAUCCAGGACAACAAGCAGCGAGUGAAGAAGAGCCUGGAGGGGAACACGCAGAUCCAUGGGGACCUGCAGGCCAAGGCGCUGCACUACGCCAGCAAGCUGGAGUGGGAGGACGGGGGGCCGCAGCAGGCGCAGCAGCAGCAGGACGACGAGUACCGGUACGCGGGCGCCGAGGACCCCAAGAUCGUGAUAACGACGUCGCGCGACCCGAGCGCCCGCCUGAAGAUGUUCGUCAAGGAGCUGCGGCUGGUGUUCCCGAACGCGCAGCGCCUCAACCGCGGCAACUUCGAGAUGAAGCAGCUGCUGCACUCGUGCCGCGCCAACGACGUCACCGACUUCAUCGUGGUGCACGAGCAUCGCGGCGUGCCCGACGGCCUCAUCGUCUCGCAUCUGCCGCACGGCCCCACCGCCUACUUCACCAUCUCGGACGUGGUGAUGCGCCACGACAUCCCCGACAUCGGCACCAUGUCCGAGCAGUACCCGCAGCUGGUGCUGCACAACUUCGCCACGCCCCUGGGCGGGCGCAUCGCCCGCGUGCUCCAAUGCCUGUUCCCCGUGCCCAAGGCGGAGGCGCGCCGCGUCGUCACCUUCGCCAACCACGACGACCACAUCAGCUUCCGGCAGCACACCUAUCGCAUGGUGGAGCGCCAGGUGGAGCUGUCCGAGGUGGGGCCCCGCUUCCAGCUGCGCCCCUACGAGAUCAAGCUGUGCGCGCUCGACACGGAGGCCGCGGCGGAGACCGAGUGGGCGCUGCGCCCCUACAUGAACACCAGCGCCAAGCGCCGCUUUUUGAGCGACAAGGACGGCUGGCUGCAGGACGACGCCUAACUCUGUCACUCUCACCAUUAAACGCGUCAAACUCA